AUGGAUUAUUUAAUGGAAGGUCAGCAAAGGGAAGUUAAUCGAGAAUCCGGCGAGUCUAAUUUGAGCGAUUAUUCUGAGAAGCGCAAGUGGAAGUCUAGCUUUGUCUUGAUUCCUCCAUCCUGGUCCAGUCAAAUUACAGUUCUUGUAAGAAGCGAAGAACUCGUGCAUGUCUUCAUGUAUGACUUUGUGGUAAAUGGGCACUGGAAAAUAUCCGUCUUUCGAGUCGCUUACCAACACCCCCGGUUGAAACAAUUGCCAAUGUUUAAGUCAUCCGAAAUCUUGGUAGAUUUCAUAGUGGACAGGAUUCAUCCACAAUUAGCAGCGAGAUACAUUAUGCCUGGAAUACUUAUAACGAUCAUGACCUUAACGACGUUGAAACUUGAUCCUGGAUCGAAGGAACAUCUCGCUCUAGGAUGUCUGAAUCCGAUAAUAAUUCAUCUGCUUUCUAUCGAAGAUCUUAAUUACAUCCUUCCUCAAAAAGUAAACGGAGUGCCGAACAUUGUGCUCAUUUACGUGAACUCAUUCGGCCUAGCGAUCGUCGCUCUUCUCCUCACAAUUUUUUUCGUUAAUCUUCGUGAGACCAAAAAUUCAGUACCGAUUUGGAUUUCCUCAACGAUCUCAUUGGCCCUGAGACACAAAAUUGGACAAAUCGUACUUUUCCACGUUCCUGGUCAAAGUGCAGACACCAAUAUUGAACGUGAUACUGAACAUGGUUACGAUUUCGUCAAUUCCGAGCACCAUAAAACUAACUGGCGUUACGUCGUUGCUCUUUUAAAUUAG